AUGGCCCCUGUAUGGAAUCCCCAGCAGGAGCAGGAGCAGCAGCAGCAGCAGCAGCAGCAGAUGAUUCUGGUGGAUGGGAAUACGCCGCUGGAGGAUUUGCCGCUGGAUGGUAUUCCGGUGGGGGAGGAGCAUACCCCGCUGGAGGAGGAUACGCUGCUGGAGGAGGAUGAUGCCCUGCUGGAGUGGGAGGAUACAGAGGAUACAGAGAAGGGUGGUCAUUCCAUCGGACGAGUGGGGCUCCUGGCCCGGGAAAUGUAG